AACAAAUCUGCAAGGCGACGAAAAAGAUCCCAAUGACGAGGAUGAUCCUAAUGACGAGGACGAUGGAGGAACAUUCGCUGUUCGACAUGGGGAUGGCACAGUGUACAAUGUCGAUAUACGAGAUUAUCCGGGGCUCCGAUGCAACUGUGAAUGGUUUAAGAAGAUGAGAAGAAAACAGGAUUGUUUACAUAUUAUUCAAGUCAAACGAAUAUUGAAGAUUUCAUUGGUGCAAACUCGAGCUAAAGCAAAUUCUUCGCUGUUAAGAACAUGUAUGAAAGCAAAAGCUGGUGCAGGUAAAACUGGGCGAAAGCAACCGUCAAUGUGGGACAAGGUACAAGCAUCAGAUACAGUAUCUAUAAGAGAAACAAGAUCUUUGAUCAAUAAGAUCUUUGACUUGAAUAAUAUGUAA